GCACCGGCCAUCUCAUACUCCGACAAGCCAUGCACCGACUCGAGCCCGGAACUGGUGCCGCCUGGCGCAAAGUCAACCGACCCGCCGGGUUCGGGCAGGUCGACCGGCAUCACUUCUGCCAGUCUGGCCUCGGCGGCCUCGGCCAGGUCGACCGAGUGGAAACAGGCGAUAAAGUUGGCAUUCGAGGGGGGUGGUGAAGGUGUGAUGAGAUGGAAAGACUGUCGACAGGAGAGAAGCAAUGGGAGUGGAGGAAAAGUGUGUCAUGGGUGUGAUUUGGUUGGUUGUGAAAAGCACGCUUGUGACCGGAACUUUGGUUGGGACACGAUGCGAAUGUCGGUGGUGAUGCUGGUGGUUGGGGUGGGUGUGAUGUUGGCUGUACAGUGA